GUUCCGAUAUCUGAAACCGUGAAAAAGUAUUUACGCUCAUGCUGUAAAAUAAUUACCGUGAGCGUCUGUUGAUAGCUUUAAGCUUGAGUACACAAUCCUGGACGAACUUUGCCUACAUGCUGCGGUAUCUGAACGGUCAUCACUUGUGGAGCAAAGUCCAGGGUGUUCCUACUGAAAGGAAAGCUGACAUUGUUUUUGUUCGUCACACCAGUGAGAACAAGAGAAUCUACCAGAAUGGACACGACGUCCUCAUUGCUUAAGUCGGUCACCAAGCGAGUGUGGGCCGCGCCCCAGCGACCAUUCAGGGUGCGCAGUCACAACCGGGAGGCCAAGAAGGGCAUCACGGCCGGGACUUUGGAGGAACUGAAAGAGAGGGUCUGUCGGGCGUUGUCGCUUGUGUCUCUGGCGUCCCUGGUCUGCGAGGAGGACGGGACGGAGGUGGACUCGGACGACUUCUUGGCAACUCUGCCGGACAACGCCGCCAUCGUGGCCUUGGAGCCCGGACAGAUAUGGCGACCGCCAUCGGGUGCGGCUGUCUCCCGAAGUCAAGACAAGCUCAAGUCCAAGACGGGAAAAGACAUCGCCAGUGUCACCUUGGACCUUUACAAAAUGAGCCCCAAGGAUUUGUUUGGCUCUCUGAGCGUGAAGGCCACUUUUCAAGGCUUGUACUCGGUCAGCGCCGACUUCCAGUGUCUGGGGCCCAAGAAAGUCCUCAAAGAAGCCCUGCGCGUGGCCUCGGGCCUCCUCAACGCCGCCGGACACCUGCUCAUCACCUGCGCUUCCGUGAUCCGCCGCGUCAUUGAGGGCGUGGAGCUUUGGCAGCCGCCGCAGACCGCUUAUCGGAACUGAUCGAACGGGCUCGGUAUUGGAUGAAAAAAGGACAGCGCUUGGACCUGCCAAGUCAAAGCAAAAGUUUCAAGUUGAUUUUGUACAUACGGCUGAAGCCAAACUCUUGUUGCGGGUCGGUGGGGGGCUUUUGUGCUUUCUUUUUGUUUUAAUAUAUAUAUAUAUAUCAUCACCAAUCAUUCAUAAAUAUUCUGGUGCAUUUAACGUCGUCUUCAAUGAAUGUAACACAAGCGUUCAAGAGCUCUCAAGUCAAGACGGGAGCACGUGCAGAGGUGCAAGAGCUUUAUUGAAUUGUACGCGGAUGACAGAGACAGUCGCAUGACCUGACUUCAACCCGCAAAAAGGGACACUGAAUGUCAAGGCAACAAAAUAUAAUAAACACGAGCUGAAAGUGAACAUCACUAAAACAUUAAAACUUUGGCAUUGGUCACGGUUAAAAACAACAAAUAAAAUUCAUCUCAUUCUAAACGUUGCAUUGCGGAAGAGAACGGUUAGGGUUGCAUAUAAUGUUAAGCAUUUAUAUAAAUGUAUUAAAUACACUGAUUCCCAAUCACUUCAUUACUCCAAAAACUUCACUUUAACUUACCAUAAAUAAUGUCACUUUCUUCAUCUAUUUAUGACUAUGACAUCAUACCGCAGCGACAGGGAGAACCAUUACUAUUCUUCCACUAGAUGGCAGCAAGUCCACUUCUUGCUUUGUAGUCCCCUUCACGACUCAAGAUUUCACAUUGAGUAAAUAAAUUUGUGGAGAAGAAAAAAGGAGGGCGGGGGGGGUCGUCUUUCUUUAGAAAGCGGUGGAUAAAAGUAAUACUUUGGCGCCAACUUGGAGUCAAAAAUGAUGUUGAAUUGCAUUAGUUGGAUUCAGAUGAAAAUAGUGCUUUGCUGUUAUCUUCGUGUCAAUAAACUAUGUUGAAGUG